CAGCUUUAGGGGUUAGAUUGGGGGGGUUAAACCACCAAAUAGUUCCUGAGCACAGCCACAGCUGCAGCUCACUACUCCCCACGGGGAUGGGUCAAAUGCAGAGGACAAUUUCCACCACACCACACCAGUGUGUGCGACAACUAUGGCAUUUUAAUCUUUAAAGUAAUGCCAAUAUAGGGACCCAUAUUGUGAAGUGUUGUUACCAGAGGGUUUCACUUAGAGGGGAGUAGAGGGGACAUUUUUGCCGGGUUUAUUAUUAACCUGAAUAAGCAAACUCCUCUGGAACAAUAGAUAAUGGAGUCUGCACAUAACAUCACGUGUACCUUCACUUUUUCUUUUUUUUUUCUACAUUCAGGUAAACCAUAACUGUCUCUUAUUGGUCAGUGUUCAGAUAGGUAAGACCUCACAGCCUCCUCCUUUCUACUGAAAUCUGACACCAGUGACAUCACAUGGGUGGGUUUGGCUUCCCCCGGGCAGUCAGUGAGUGAACACCCGCUCAGUGUGUGAACAAGCUUUGACUCAGAAGGAUCUCUCCCCAAGCUGCAUGGCUCUACUGACACAGCUGGAAACUUAAUGCAGGAGAACCAAGACGGUUGUUUUGGUUUAAUGAAACGCCGUGGAUGGAAUAUCUGAGGAAGAAUUGGGGUCUACUUUCUAUCUUUUUUUAUAUUUAAGACAUCACUCAGGGAUAAUCUUUUAUGGAUACUUCUGGAUUUCCUUUUGUAGGAUUUGGAUACCCGCUCUUUGUGGAAUAAGUGCCUUGAAAUAAAAAUAAAAGGAAUGAAAAGGAUUUCUUUUUAAGUGGAUCUACUUGACAUGCAUAGGCCUUUCAUUCAUUUGGACGGGUGCUGACGAGAAGGUCGAGGGGAAAAAAGGCCAUCUUUACCACCACAAUCGUGUUAGUCUUUGAUCCUGUCAGAGUGGGACACGUCUAGCAGAGGACCGAGGAGCACCGUCUUCAAACAUGGUGCCUAGUAUUCACCUGGCAAGACCCCUCCGGCCUCGAGGGGCAUUGCUGUUCCCGCUUCUGCUCAGCUCCUUGGUGUUCUCCUUUCAGGCAGACAGCUUGCCAAGUUUCAUCAAAACCCCCGAAGACCAGACGGGCAUCUCCGGCGGGGUCGCGUCGUUUGUGUGCCAGGCUACCGGAGAGCCCAAACCUAGGAUCACCUGGAUGAAGAAAGGCAAGAAAGUCAGCUCCCAGCGCUUCGAGGUGAUUGAAUUUGAUGAUGGCUCGGGCUCCGUACUGCGGAUCCAGCCACUGCGCACCCACAGAGACGAAGCCAUUUACGAGUGCACAGCCACUAACAGUGCUGGCGAGAUCAACACCAGUGCCAAGCUCACAGUGCUGGAAGAGAACCAGAUCCCACAUGGCUUCCCCACCAUUGAUAUGGGUCCCCAGCUGAAGGUGGUGGAGAGGACCAGAACUGCCACCAUGCUGUGUGCUGCCAGCGGGAACCCGGACCCCGAGAUCACAUGGUUCAAGGACAUGCUUCCUGUGGACAUCGGCACCAGCAACGGCCGCAUCAAACAGCUUCGCUCAGGUGGUACAACAAUUAGAGGAGCUCUACAAAUUGAGAACAGUGAGGAGUCCGACCAGGGGAAGUACGAAUGUGUCGCCAUGAACAGCGCUGGGACUCGUUACUCCGCCCCUGCCAAUCUCUACGUCAGAGUGCGAAGAGUCCCGCCUAGAUUUUCUAUUCCACCCACCAACCAGGAGGUGAUGCCAGGCGGCAGCGUCAAUCUCACCUGCGUGGCGGUGGGCUCGCCAAUGCCCUACGUCAAGUGGACCACGGGACAGGUGGAGCUGACUAAAGAGGACGAGAUGCCAUUGGGACGCAAUGUCCUGGAGGUCACCAACAUUCGUGAAUCAGCCAACUACACGUGUGUGGCCAUUUCUUCUCUGGGCAUGAUUGAUCACACAGCACAGGUUACCGUCAAAGCCUUACCGAAGCCCCCCACCUCACUCACAGUGACUGAAACCACAGCCACCAGUGUGACUCUCACAUGGGACUCUGGAAACCCAGAACCUGUCUCCUUCUACAUGAUCCAAUACAGAGCCAAGGUCUCUGACAAUGGCUACCAGGAGGUGGAGGGAGUGGCCACCACGCGCUAUAGCAUCGGCGGCCUCAGCCCAUACUCCGAAUAUGAGUUUCGCGUAAUGGCUGUCAACAACAUCGGCAAAGGGCCUCCCAGUGAUCCUGUGGAGACACGCACCGGUGAACAGGCACCCUCCUCGCCUCCUCUGCAGAUUCAGGCGCGCAUGCUGAGCGCCAGUACGAUGCUGGUCCAGUGGGAGCCUCCAGAGGAGCCCAAUGGGCAAAUACGAGGUUACCGGGUCUACUACAGCUCCGACAUGACGGCUCCACUCAGCGCCUGGCAGAAACACAACACAGACGAUAGCAGCCUGACAACCAUCUCAGGGCUGAUUCCUGACAUCACCUACAGCCUCAGGGUGCUGGGCUUCACCUCUGUAGGUGACGGGCCACCAUCUGACAUCCUGCAAGUGAAAACACAGCAGGGAGUACCCGCCCAGCCGACUAGUUUUGAUGCUGAAGCUGAGCUGGACACACGCAUCAAACUAACUUGGUUGUGGCCCGUCCAGGACCCCAUCACCAACUACGAGCUGCUGUACUGGGAGGCUGGCUCCUCCAAUAAGAAACAUGUGACCUUCAACCCAGCUGGCUCCUAUGUUGUGGAAGAUUUGAAGCCGGACACCUUGUACCAUUUUUCCCUGGCAGCCCGCUCUGAAAUGGGUUUAGGUGUCUACACCCAGCCCAUCGAGGCUCGCACUGCUCAGUCCACCCCUUCAGCCCCCCCUCAGGAAGUACAUCUGGUCAGCCUGAGCUCCACCAGCCUCAAGGUUAGUUGGGUGGCACCGCCAGCCGCUAGCCGCCACGGCGUCAUUGUGCGCUACACGGUCAGCUACCAGGCCCUGGCUGGAGAGGACACGGAGCGGCAUAGCGUGUCCGACAUCAGUGCAGACGCCUCCAGCUAUGUUCUGGAGGGCCUGGAGAAGUGGACUGAGUAUGAGGUGUGGGUGAGGGCACACACAGAUGUGGGUCCUGGCCCUGAGAGUGCCCCAGUGAGGAUAAGAACUAAAGAAGAUGUGCCCGGAGCACCCCCCAGGAAGCUGGAGGUUGAGGCCAUCAAUUCCACAGCCAUCCGAGUCACCUGGAAGCCACCUCUGCAGAUGAAGCAGCACGGCCAAAUCCGAGGCUACCAGGUCAUCUAUUCCCGACUGGAAAACGGAGAGCCAAGAGGCCAGCCAAACAUCAUGGAUGUUGCUCUGCCAGAAGCGCAGUGGAAUAUUGAAGAGUCCACCGAGCAUGAAGCUGUCAUUGGUGGACUGCAUUCUGAAACCACCUACUCUGUCACUGUGGCAGCGUACACCACGAAGGGGGAUGGCGCUCGUAGCAAAGCUAAAGUCAUCACUACAACUGGAGCAGUGCCAGGCAAGCCCACUAUGAUGAUCAACCCCACCUCGAGCAACACGGCGCUGAUCCAGUGGCAGUCGCCUACGGAGAUGGUGGGUGAGUUAAUGGGCUUCCAGCUGCAGUACAAGCGCACUGACGAGCAGGUGUACACCUCACGCGAGAUGAAAAAAACAGACGACCAUUACACCGUCACCGGUCUGCACAAAGGUGCUACCUACGUCUUCCGCCUCAGUGCUCGUAACCGCGCCGGCAUCGGCGAGGCCUACGUAAAGGAGGUCAGCACCGCCGAAGACAAGCCUUCGGGAUUUCCGCUCAACCUCAAAGUGACUGGACUGACCCAGUCAAGUACCAAGCUGACCUGGGAGCCCCCGCUGCUGUCGGAGAGGAAUGGAAAGAUCGUGCACUACUUGGUGGUGUACAGGGACAUAAACAAUCAGCAAGACAACACCAGCCGCACCACCAACACCGACAUGACUAUCGAAGGCCUCAGUCCCGACACCACUUACGACAUACGUGUCCAGGCUUUCACCAGCAUGGGAGGGGGACCCCUCAGCCCCAGCAUCCAGAGCAGGACCAUGUCAAACGGUAGGACAAAUUUUCCGACACUUAAUUUUGGUGUCAAAGCGGUCAUGAAAACUUCUGUCCUCCUCACCUGGGACUUACCAGAAAACUACAAAUCCCAGACACUUUUUAAGAUUUUGUACAACCAGCAAAGUGUUGAAGUGGAUGGGAGCCAGAAGAGGAAGUUGAUCACUCAGCUGCAGCCAGACACCAAUUACUCGUUUGUACUGACGAGCAGGGGCAACAUCGCUGGAGGUCUGCAGCAACAGGUGUCCAUCCGCACCGCCCCUGACCUCAUCAAAACCAAACCGGGGACGCAGGCUCAUGGUGGAAAGCUGACCAUCACACUGCCCACAGUCCAGACCACCAGUCGGGUCAGGUGGUACUACAUUGUGGUGGUGCCGCAGACUUCGACAACACCACGGUGGAACAAUCCAGACGAGAUGGACCUGGAUGAGCUGCUAAGGUCCAGCGACGGUCCAGUUCUGAGGCGCAGACGUCACCUGGAUUCCGUCAAGGCGUACAUCGCGGCCAAACUGCCUUCCCUGAAUAAAACUUUCACCCUGGGCGACGAGAAGAGGUACAACGGCUUCUUCAACAGGCCCCUGAUCAAUCAGCAGGCCUACCUCUGCUUCGUGCUGGCAGUGCUUCAGAACGAGGGGACGGACAGCGCAACUAAUUACAUGACCUUUUCAGCCAGCCCCUACUCGGAACGGAUCCAGAUCUCAACAAACCUGCCACAGGGAAUGGAUCAGCCCGAGAUGUUGUGGGUCAUGGGUCCGGUGUUGGCAGUGAUCGUCAUCAUCAUCAUCGUCAUCGCCAUCCUUCUCUUUAAAAAAAAACGAGCUUCACCUUUACCAAAGGAUGAGCACUCGGGUGGUGUGAAAGACUCCUUGUUGGCCAACUCCUCUGACCCGGUGGAGAUGAGAAGACUCAACUAUCAGACUCCAGGUCCCAGCUCUCAUCGCUGCCCCAACACUCCAAGAAUGAGGGAGCACCCGCCCAUUCCUGUCAUUGACCUGGCUGAUCACAUAGAGCGACUCAAGGCCAACGACGGCCUCCGCUUUUCCCAAGAGUACGAGUCUAUUGAUCCCGGUCAGCAGUUUACCUGGGAAAACUCCAACAUGGAAGUUAACAAGCCAAAGAACCGCUAUGCAAACGUUAUUGCUUAUGACCACUCCAGAGUGGUCCUCACCUCCGUUGAUGCUGUUCCAGGAAGUGACUACAUCAAUGCCAACUACAUCGACGGCUACAGGAAGCAGAAUGCCUACAUCGCCACUCAGGGACCUCUGCCUGAGACCCUGAGUGAUUUCUGGAGGAUGGUGUGGGAGCAGAGAUCCAGCACCAUCGUCAUGAUGACCAGGCUGGAGGAGAAGUCACGGGUGAAGUGUGACCAGUACUGGCCAUCAAGAGGAACGGAGACCUACGGGAUGAUCCAGGUCACCAUGUUAGACACGGUGGAGUUGGCCACUUACAGCGUCCGCACAUUCGCCCUCUAUAAGAAUGGCUCCAGCGAGAAGAGGGAGGUGAGACAGUUCCAGUUCAUGGCCUGGCCCGACCACGGGGUGCCUGAGUAUCCCACACCCAUCCUGGCCUUCCUGAGACGGGUGAAGGCCUGCAACCCUCCAGACGCCGGCCCCAUGGUGGUCCACUGCAGCGCGGGCGUGGGCAGGACUGGCUGCUUCAUUGUGAUCGAUGCCAUGCUGGAGCGCAUGAAGCAUGAGAAGACCGUGGACAUUUAUGGCCACGUGACGUGCAUGCGUGCCCAAAGGAACUACAUGGUCCAGACCGAGGAUCAGUACAUCUUCAUCCACGAGGCACUCCUGGAGGCCGCCACCUGCGGCAACACCGAGGUGCCGGCACGCAACCUGUUCGCCCACAUCCAGAAACUCGCCCAGCCGCCGCCUGGUGAGACGGUCACCUCCAUGGAGCUGGAGUUCAAGAGACUGGCCAACUCCAAAGCCCACACAUCACGGUUCAUCAGCGCCAACUUGCCCUGCAACAAGUUCAAGAACCGCCUGGUCAACAUCAUGCCUUUUGAGUCCACUCGCGUCUGCUUGCAGCCAAUCCGCGGCGUUGAGGGCUCUGACUACAUCAACGCCAGCUGCAUCGAUGGCUACAGGCAGCAGAAAGCUUACCUGGCUACGCAGGGGCCCCUGGCUGAGACCACCGAGGAUUUCUGGAGGAUGCUGUGGGAGCACAACUCCACCAUUGUCGUCAUGCUCACCAAGCUACGAGAGAUGGGCCGGGAGAAGUGCCAUCAGUACUGGCCAGCAGAGCGUUCAGCCAGGUACCAGUACUUUGUGGUGGAUCCAAUGGCUGAGUACAACAUGCCUCAGUACAUCCUCAGAGAGUUCAAAGUCACAGAUGCCAGGGAUGGACAAUCCAGAACAAUCCGCCAGUUCCAGUUUACUGACUGGCCUGAGCAGGGAGUGCCAAAAACUGGAGAGGGCUUCAUCGAUUUCAUUGGACAAGUGCACAAAACUAAGGAGCAGUUUGGGCAGGAUGGACCAAUCACUGUACACUGCAGUGCCGGGGUAGGCAGGACUGGAGUCUUUAUCACACUUAGCAUCGUGCUGGAGAGGAUGAGGUAUGAAGGUGUGGUUGACAUCUUCCAGACGGUGAAGACGCUCCGCACCCAGCGGCCUGCCAUGGUGCAGACUGAGGACCAGUAUCAGCUGUGCUACAGGGCAGCUCUGGAGUACCUGGGGAGCUUUGACCACUAUGCAACGUAACCACUCCCACUGAAGCAGCUUCCCUGGUCGGUCAGACCUCUCAGGAGUGUGCCAAGUGUCCCAUUUCAGCCGCCAUCCGCUCACUUGCCCCUGCCCCCAAACAAACAAACAAACUCAUACAACCCGCCACUCGCAGCUACAGGCGGGCUGGAGGAAGGGACAAACCUGCAGACCCGUCGAGGGUUUCAACCAAUCACACCAAGCUAAUCAACCACCUGAGAUUUCGCUUUAAAGAAAAUGCCAGAAACAUUACAGAGACUACGACAACCCUGACAGCUGUUGUACAGAUCCGGCAGCGCAGACCGGCAGCCCGCCGCUCUGCUCUGUCGAAGCCAAACCUCCCUGAUUGUCAAAGGCUACUGGUAGCACUAAGAGAGCAUCCUCUCUGUCUUUUUGUUAAUUAUAUUGUCAAUAUUCUGAUUCUUUAUGUUAAAAGUUUAGUAUAAGUUUGUAAUAAUCAUUUUAAUAUCAGACAUUUCUUUUGUCUUAAAACUGCCCAGAUUGAGGCGUACAUUAUUUUCAUAAUCACUUUUAGGGUAUGUUAGCACACGGGACAUGUGUUUUCUGCAUGUCCCUAGAGACUAAUACAGGAGGACUACUGUCCUCUGAGCUGCUGUCAGAUUUAUUUUAUCUCAUGGUGUUUUUUUUUUAUUAUUCAUUUUUAUGUUAUAAAUAUUGUUUUAUGGUCGUAGUCAGUUCAAUAACUCAAAUUGCCUUUUUCACUUGCCGUUACAGAAUUCUCAAAGAAAAUCAGCUUUGAGGAAAUUGAUUUUUGAACAUGGACUUGUUGUAGUUGUCCCUUUGUAAUCGCAGUAGAUAGCUGAAAACACGCGACUUACCUAACAACAGGUGCACAGAAAUGGGAUACACAUUAUUUCUACGUGUUUUGUUGUUUUGCUUUUCAUCUGGAGCCUGUGGCAUUGAGGCCUUCAUACUCCACAGAGGAGAACUUAAAAAAACAGACUUUUAUACCCAAAGGGUAGGCAACAAGAAAUGAAAAGAAAAAAAAUUGAAUAGAAACUCACAAUCUGAUUUAAAGAUGCUCUUCAAGUCCCUCCCAUCUCAGCGCUCGCCAUGAGCCUGGUCGGGGUGCUGGAGUGGAACCAAGCGGACAUGGGCUGAGGAGUAGAGCCAUCAACGUCAGUACUUGUACAGACUCAACCAUUCCUACCAGAGGGACAGAGACUCAGCCCUUUGGACUCAAACCUGAUAUUAUUUUAUACAGAAAUAGAACUAUAAAUAUAUAUAUAAUUAUGACUGAUUAUAUGAUUACACAUAGUUAUAUUCACAGCUUCAAAAAUAUAUUGUUAAAAGGAAUGAAUCUGGUGAUCUGACUAGAGACACUGCAGAAAGCCUGCUGUCCUAGAGUGUGUAUUAAUGGAGACACCAUUGUAUCUACUGUAACACCAUAGUAACUUCAACAGCUGGUUGUGAGGAAAAACAGCACAAUCACCCCCCCCCCCCCCCCCCCCCCCCCCCUUUCCUCCUCCUCCUCUCACCACAACCUCAUCCAUCAAAAGGGACAACCUUUCACUGGCUAAGCACACACACUUACCUCCCACUACACGGACGGCAGGAGAAGAGCGUCUGGUCCGACCGUCCAAGGCCCGAGAGCUUCAACGCAGUGGGAGGGGGUGAAAAACGACAAGGGGGGGACUUGAAAAUGCUGGCAAAAACGAAACAUGUUCAUUUUUACCUUGUGAAUGCUUAGUGCCGUAGGGGUUCGGUCUGUUGUACACACAGUCUGUUUUCUAUUUGUUGAUGAAGAUCUGCAACUUCAAAAUCACCUGAACGUUCAUGUUAAUAAAGUUAAAUAAUUGGGUUUUGUA